CGACUAACGCGGACACUUCCGGCUGUUACGGAAGUGUGGACUCUGUACGCUCCCAAGCUCCUCCCACAGCGGCGGGCCAGGGUGACGGGAUGGCUUGGCGUGCCGCGCGCCUAGUACUGCUAACCGCAGCGGUCGGGCUCGCGUGCGGCUCCCAGGGUGACCGCGAGCCGGUGUACCGCAACUGCGUUCUCGGGUGCGAGGAGCGGAACUGCUCCGGGAAUGCACUGAAGCACUUCCGCUCCCGCCAGCCAAUCUACAUGAGCCUAGCCGGCUGGACUUGUCAGGAUGACUGCAAGUAUGAGUGUAUGUGGGUCACUGUUGGCCUCUACCUCCAGGAGGGUCACAGAGUGCCUCAGUUCCAUGGCAAGUGGCCCUUCUCCCGGUUCCUGUUCAUCCAAGAGCCAGCUUCUGCUGUGGCCUCACUCCUCAAUGGCCUAGCCAGCCUGGUGAUGCUCUGUCGCUACCGUACCUCCGUGCCAGCCUCCUCCCCCAUGUAUCACACCUGCAUGACCUUCGCUUGGGUAUCCCUCAAUGCUUGGUUCUGGUCCACAGUCUUCCACACCAGGGACACUGACCUCACAGAGAAGAUGGACUACUUCUGUGCCUCUGCUGUCAUCCUGCAUUCUAUUUACCUGUGCUGUGUCAGGACCGUGGGACUGCAGCACCCAGCUGUGGCCAGUGCCUUCCGGGCCCUCCUGCUACUGCUGCUGACUGCACACAUCUCUUACCUGAGCCUCAUCCACUUCGAUUAUGGCUACAACAUGAUGGCCAAUGUGGCUAUAGGUCUGGUGAAUCUGGCAUGGUGGCUGGCCUGGUGCCUGCGAAACCACCGGCACCUGCCUCACACACGAAAGUGCAUGUUGGUGGUCCUACUGCUGCAGGGACUGUCCCUGCUGGAGCUACUGGACUUUCCACCCCUUUUCUGGGUCCUGGACGCCCAUGCCAUCUGGCACAUCAGCACUAUUCCUGUCUAUGUCCUCUUUUUCAGAUUUCUGGAAGAUGACAGCUUGUACCUACUGAAGGAAUCAGAAGCCAAGUUCAAACUGGACUGAAGACCUGGGAGCAGAUUUGCCCCCUCCUGCUGCUCCUUCCUUCUCCCCCUUGAGAUGAUUUAUUUUCUCAUUUUAGCUUCUUGAACUUGAACAUGAGGUGUGUGGACCUGGAAUCCUGUAGCCACCUGCCCCUUGCUGGUCCUCACAGGACAUGGAGCCUGUCCUGGGAGUGGUUUCCUGACAUCUGGGACAGGGAGCAGGCAACUCUCCUGUUUCAGGGGCUAAACUGGGCUGAGACCAAGUUCUGAGGUCUAUAGAAAGGAGUGGUACCUCUGUCCCCCUCCAUGCUCCCUCCCCACAUCAUUCACUCCUACCUGUAGGAGGCCAAAUACCAUCAUCCCUUUAGGGUACUUUGUCUUUUUCUCUUGCCCCACCCUCCUCCAGGGCACCACUAGGUGGCACUGGAUGCCUGUUCUCCAGCUGCUGGGUUCCUCCUAUAUCUGAGGGGCCAAGAUGCUAGAAUGGGACUGGGGAGGAGUUUCUACCCUGCUUCCUGCACCAGCCAUGCUUGCCUUUGGUUUCCAGAACCCCAGAGGGCCCAGGACUAGAACCUUGGGCUGCUGUUCUGGUUGGUAGUGAAUCCAUCAGCACCCAGAGGGAUAUGGGCCAGGCCAAAGACAGAGGUGACCAGUCAGUCAGUGAGCAUGGGUUUAAUGGGGAUGGACAUAAGGGUGGGCCUCAGUCUAUAGUGUAGAGAAUGGGUAUGUGUUCAAGGGGCAGGUAGGUGAGGGUGAUUUGGGAAAAGUAUGUGUGUGAUGAGUGUGAAUGGCCAUGUGGUGGGAAGCUGGACAGGAUGGGGAUCAAGUCACAGUCAGCAGUCAUUUGAGUAUAAAGUCUGCCCAAGACCCCAAGUUCAGCCAGCUACCAGCAUGCACACAUGAUCUGAUAGGCUCUAGGGUACUGGUUGUGUGUGUCUAUCUAGUGCCCCUUUGCACCCCACUCCAAACUUCAGGACCCCCACAUGCCUCGAGAGAACCUUCUAGAACUAGUCCCUGGAGGGCAGAGGAAGGAAAGAAGGGGUCCCCUCUUGCCUCCCUGUCUCUUUACCUUGCUAUGGUGGGCCUCUCCAGUUCCAUGCUCUAGCCCCUUGCCACAGCCUCGUCCUUGGGGAUAUUGGGCAGUGAAGGAAGAGGAUGUGGAGCUUAUGUCUGAGUAUGGUUUCUGCCCCCACUCUCAGAGGUACCCAUUGUUCCAGGGUAAUCCCAGGGCAAGCAGGGGCCAUAUAGCCUACAUCCAUUGGGAAGAGAGUCUACAGCUGGUUUCUGUCCCUAUCCCUCAGUCCCUCUUUGUGGGGCGGCAACCUGUGCCAGGCUUCUAGCUCAGGAACUUGGGCAGCCUAUUAGGGUUUUUUUGAUACUAAAUAAUUUUAAGGUGAGAGGCAUUAGGGAACAUGCUUAAUAAACCAAUUCUCAGCCUCA